AUGUUGCUAAGCUUACUUUUUAAGAACGGCUGCAUAUACAGUGUUCAGUCCAGAGGUACGAUCAAUGCUUUUGUGAGUGGACUUGGUCUGAGGGUUCUUGGGGCGACUUGCAUGCACAUUGACGGGCGUCGAAUCUUUUCUGAAGCCAUCAAGCUUGUGAAGAACAAUUUGAUUGGGCCAACCUGA